GAAGAAGAAGCAAGGAAAGCAAGUCUCACCAACAAAACCGGAUAUAGAGGAGCGCAAAUACAUUGAAAGUUUCUGAAUUUAUAUUCUUCGUCUGAGCCAGAAUUUCUCAUGGAAGUUAGCCGGAAAAUAACCAACAUGCUGGGCGCCACCGGUACCGAUCAGCGUGAUUUGAACUUCAAGGAGACUGAGCUGUGUCUGGGAUUGCCCGGUGGCGGUACUGGAAGUGAGCCUGAGACUGCGAAAGCCACCGGAAAGAGAGGCUUCUCCGAGACCGUUGAUCUGAAACUUAAUUUUCAGUCCAAGGAAGAUAACAUCAAGAAUGCUUCAAAGGAAAAGAACCAGCUCCUUCCUUGCACCAAGGAUCCCGCUAAACCACCAGCCAAGGCACAAGUUGUGGGAUGGCCGCCGGUGAGAUCAUACCGGAAGAACAUGAUGGCUCAGAAGAACACAGGUGAGGAGGGAGAGAAGGGAAGUAGUGGUACUGCAGCCUUCGUUAAAGUUUGCAUGGACGGUGCGCCAUAUCUUCGUAAAGUGGACUUGAAAAUGUACAAGAGCUACCAAGAACUAUCUGAUGCCUUGGCCAAGAUGUUCAGUUCCUUCACCAUGGGAAAUUAUGGGGCCCAAGGAAUGAUUGACUUCAUGAACGAGAGUAAAUUAAUGGAUCUUCUGAACAGUUCCGAGUAUGUGCCAACCUAUGAAGAUAAGGAUGGUGACUGGAUGCUCGUUGGUGAUGUUCCAUGGGAGAUGUUUGUUGAUUCAUGCAAGCGCCUUCGCAUAAUGAAAGGAUCAGAAGCUAUUGGACUUGCCCCAAGAGCCAUGGAGAAGUGCAAGAACCGAAGCUGAAGAGGCUUAUAAAUUAUCCAUCAUGAGGCAAGACAAAACGAUAAGGCACUUGCUGCAGGGUGUUGUUAAUUUGAUUGUGUCUGUAUUUUAUUUAAUCGUAUAUAGAUAUGAAAAUUAGAAUCUGGACAUUUGUAAUAGACAAGAAGCAAUAAACAUAGCCCUAUUGUCUGCCUUGUUUAUUGCUAAUGGCUUGUUUAAUAAUCACCUAUUUAGACAUUGUUUGUUGCUGGUCCUGCUGUCAUAGUUGU